GCGAUGCGACACACGAGUUCCGUCCAUCCGACACCGAACUCGGUCCGCGCGCGUCACCGGCGGUAGCAUCGGACCUCCGCGCGUGUGUGUUUGGUGGUGCGUGUUGUGCGCGAGUGCGUGCGUGUGCUGUGUUUGGGUGACGCUGCCAUGAGUGACGUGUAUAUGACCGAGGAACAGUACGCGGGUUACCACCCGGCGCAGAGCAACUACUCCUCUCCGCACGACGACGGCCCCUACGGCGCUGCAACGGGGAUGGCCGGCUACGGCGACUACGGUCGCGGUAGCGAGCUGCUCAUGGAGCUGGGCGGCCAGCCCGUCGACAUGUCGAGCCCGCCGGCGCGCUACUACAAGGGCGGCGGCGGGGGCCUCUCGGACCAGGAGCCGAGCGCGCUGCUCGGCUCGGUAGCCAAGGGUCCCGGACCCCCGCCCGCGCCGCAGGGCUCCCCGCACCUGGGUCUGCAGGCGCCGCGGGCGCAGCUGCCGCCGAGCCCCGUCGCGAGUCCCGUGGCCGUGGCCGCGGCGACGGUGGCCGGCGGCGAGAGUCGACUGUCGCGCGACGCGAUGGAUCGCUACCUGCGCGAGCGCGGCGACAUGGUGCUCGUCAUACUGCACGCCAAAGUCGCCCAGAAGUCGUACGGAAACGAGAAGCGGUUCUUCUGCCCGCCUCCGUGCGUCUACCUGCUGGGCGACGGCUGGCAGCGCAAACGCGACCAGUUGCUGCGCUCGGGUGAGACUGAGCAGGGCGCCCAGCUGUGCGCCUUCAUCGGCAUCGGCAACUCUGACCAGGACAUGCAGCAGCUCGACUUCGGCGGCAAGAACUACUGUGCCGCCAAGACGCUCUUCAUCAGCGACUCGGACAAGCGCAAGCACUUCAUGCUCUCCGUCAAACUGUUUCACGGGAACGGCGAAGACGUGGGCGUCUUCCACAGCAAGCGCAUCAAGGUAAUCUCCAAGCCCAGCAAGAAGAAGCAGUCGCUGAAGAACGCCGACCUGUGCAUCGCCUCGGGCACGCGGGUGGCGCUCUUCAACCGGCUGCGUUCGCAGACCGUCAGCACGCGCUACCUGCACGUGGACGCCGGCAACUUCCACGCCAGCUCGAGCCAGUGGGGCGCGUUCACCAUCCACCUGCUGGACGACAGCGAGUCCGAGGCCGAGGAGUUCACGGUGCGCGACGGCUACAUCCACUACGGCUCGACCGUCAAGCUCGUCUGCUCGGUGACCGGCAUGGCGCUGCCGCGGCUCGUCAUCCGCAAGGUGGACAAGCAGAACGCCUUCCUCGACGCCGACGACCCGGUGUCGCAGCUGCACAAGUGCGCCUUCUACAUGAAGGACACCGAGCGCAUGUACCUCUGCCUGUCGCAGGAGAAGAUCAUCCAGUUCCAGGCGACGCCCUGCCCCAAGGAUACGAACAAGGAGAUGAUCAACGACGGCGCCUCGUGGACCAUCAUCAGCACGGACAAGGCCGAGUACACCUUCUACGAAGGCGCGGGACCCGUGCGCGGACCCGUGACGCCGGUGCCCGUGGUGAGCAGCCUGCACCUGAACGGCGGCGGCGACGUCGCCAUGCUCGAGCUCACCGGCGAGAACUUCGCGGCCAACCUGCGCGUCUGGUUCGGCAACGUCGAGGCCGAGACCAUGUACCGCUGCGCGGAGUGCCUGCUCUGCGUGGUGCCCGACAUCUCGGCCUUCCGCGAGGGUUGGCAGUGGGUGCGGCAGCCCACGCAGGUGCCCGUGUCGCUGGUGCGCUCGGACGGGGUCAUCUACGCGACGGGGCUGACGUUUACGUACACGCCCGAGCCUGGACCGCGCCACUCGGGUCCCAGCCCGUAUCCGGCUCUGGUGCACGAGAUUCUGAGGCCCGCCAACGCGCGUACACACCCGCCGGCACCCGAGGACCACGGCGUCACGCCGCAGGGCUAUGGACAGCACCAUGCCAUGGGGCACUACCCCGGAGCCCACCACCAAGGCAUGUCCUGAGAGCCCUAUGUGCAUUGAAGAAGACUCCCCACCCUAUUUAUUUUUGCCUCACUACGCGGUGACAGGACGUGCGCGGAUCCGAGAGGCAGAACCCGACAGUGCGUGCCACGCAUCAGUGUGUCUUGCCCUGCGUACACGAGCCCCGAUUCCGCCUCACUCACAGGACGCAUCGUGAACAUUGGCGCUAUCAGUGAAGGAGGGCUAGCACAGAAUGAGAAGAGCAUUAGUCUGGUGGCAUUUCGAAACCAGUCGCCCUUUCAUUCAGAAAAUCACCCUUGCACUUAGAUAAUGCUGCAAUGUUUCCUUGUAGAUGAAUCUCCGUGUCAGUGCAAGUACUUGUGUAAGAAAUGCCAUCUGAUAUUUCGUUUUAUUGCUUUGUGGCCAUAGUCAAGGGAAAGGGUGCUUUUGGGAAUUUGGGCUUGCCCUGCUGUGUAAAGAUAAGGGUGUUAACUCAUAAUCCCCUAAGUUUCUUGAGCUUCGGACUUCUUGUGUUGUGUGUGUUGCUUGAAGAACUGUGCAGAAUAUGUCUCAUUGUGAUUGAUGCUAAAUGUGUUGGGACUGGUACCUGUGGGUGUCUUCGCCAACUGCAGAUUCAUUUGAUGCAAAUAUUGUCAGUACUUUCUACUUCCCUGCCGAGCUUCCCACAUGAGAGAGCUGUUUCUCAGGGCGAUUUUUUACCUCUUAAUCUAUAAUGCACCCAAUGAUUCAGUUUCAACAAAAGGAUAUUACCCAUAUGAAGCAUCGCAUCCUUGUAUGUGUAAAUUGGGCAUAUGCACUUGUGUAAAUUUCUACUUUUAGUUGUUUUUUGUAAAAGUGGCUGUGGUACAAGAUCUAUUUAUUAUUGUCUAUGCUGUGAAUGUUGUUGCCUUUCAGAAACAAAAUUUAUUGCCGUCUUAUUUGGUUUCCUUUACUAUAGACAUCAGUAAUUAGCACCAAACUCAAAAUGCUUCCUUAAGUAACAUUGCUUUGUUAACACUCUUUUAGUGGUGUCCCAUGCUAUUAGUGUGCUCAUUAACCGUGGGAACCAGCAUUUAUUUGUUGCGCAGGCUAGAGAGCAGCAAGGUCACAUUGAACUGGCAAGUUUUCUGUAACUAACUUCACAGUGCUUGUCAGAUGCACAAGCAUUUCUGUCCCCAUUCUGUUGAUCUAACAGAAUGGAAUAUAAUGGAUAGUAAGCCAGUUAGCUAAGCAGAAACUGUUAUCCUAGAAGUCUACAGAGCUUUGGGAAGCAGUUGCUCAUGAAAAGACAUUGGAACCUCUCCACUUGUAUUGAUUGCAAGCAAAAUUUAGGCAGUGGCAUACGUGAAACCAGUCGUAAAGCAGCAGUGAUUGAGUGCAUGACACUCGAAAUUUUCUGCUACUAAAUUUCGUGAGUGGUUCUCAACUUCAGUAUCCCUUCAUAUUUUGGGAUCAGAAUUGGUGUCCACUAAAGUAAGUUGAAGCAAGCUUAACAGAUUCAGUAACUGAGCUUUAUGCUGUAUGCAACAAACACAUCAUUAUUUUCACAGCUCUCAAUUGUCGGUCAGCAUUUUAGUGAGGAUUUAUUGCUUGAUAACUUUUUAUACAACUCUGGUGUGGUACACAUGUUAUCUCUGUCUCACACUUAGAACUUUUAUAGCGGCUGUGCAUUAGAGUGGUUCUAUUUUCGAGCCUACAUUCUUGAGAACUGCAUCACAAGCUUCUGUACUAGCCACUGCAGCACAAGCUUCUCGUGCUGAGUUCCUUGUUUUCCAUACCAGAUACAAUUCUUUAUUUUCUCACUCAUCCCUUGCAGCAUUUGAAGAAAAUAAAGGUAGUGUUAGCAUGAUAGAUACAAGAAAGGCAAUGGGAUGAACUCUAGGAAACAUUUGUCCUUUUGUGCUUACUUUCUGUGAACUGACUAACCUGAGAGCAGGUGCCACUGCAACGUUCCCUAAACAUGCCAGGCGUGGGCACGUCGUACUUUCAGAAUGGAUCGAGUGCCCAUUAAAAUGAAAACCCACUCGUUAUUACUCAGCUAAGUUCUCAAAUACUGCGCACUUUCGCUCUUUUAAAGUGAAUCAGUGUCCUGUCUGUAUUGGUAGUGCCCCACGCGAGUCUUCUGUGGCCUUAUCGAAUGCACAAUAUAAAGCCACAAUUAGUCCAGCUGGCAGUUCAGUGCUGUUUCGAGAAUAGAGAAAUUGUAUUAAUUUGGAAAAACAAAUGGCAUUACUUGUUUGUGUGAAUCUAUGCUGCUGUGUAUGUUUAAACCAAUGCACACAAAAAUUAUUACAGAAAGGCAAGGGAGUAUUUCGGACAAGAAUGCUGUGUUGUGAGCCCUAUUCCUGCCAUUUUCUUAUUGACUUGCUCUACAUCUGCACCACUAGAUACAAAUUAAUGAGCUCAUAAAACUUGUCUAUUUAAUAGAUCCUGCCAGUUUCAUCCCACAUCUUUCAUACAGCAGGACUAAAUUUUGAGUCCAUGGCACUGAAAGUUACUUUUCCACUUAAAAAUUGCAGCUACUGCUAUGCAGUACUUGCAAAUGACAAUAAAUGUUCCAGGUAUAGUAAAGCUACCUGGCUGGUGAAGAGGGCUUUGUGUACUCACAGCAUUCGAUCAGUUGCCAUGCGAAUAUAUUUCCUUGCGUUGAGCGUUGCUAUGUUUUCUUAGGAGUAGCGAGUAGCAUUUGUGAUGUUGUUACUGAAUUCUUGACACACUGCAUUAAGACAUUGAGUCAAAUACAGGCAAAGGAGAGCUUUGGUUGCAUACUUUUUGCUCAUUUAUCCUGUGAGUAAAAGGUAUGAGCAGCUUUUGGAAGCCAGACUUUUCUGCCAAUUACACAAUGGCAGAACUGUGAUGCUUUUAUAGCACGCUGUUGCACUCAUCAGUUGAAAAGAUGCUCAGUACGCAUUUAUACGGCCAUGGAUCACAAUUAUUUCCAUGAAAUCCUUUAUGUACCGGAUAGAAACAUAAGCCAGGCUAUUAUAUGUGAUGUGAAGCAUACAGCACUAACAAGGUGCUUGAGAAAGGGCAAACAAGAGCAAAUCGCCUACAUGCAUGAGUUAACUAGUAACAAUUUUGUUCAAUAAAUUGGUUGCAGAAGCAAUCAAGGGCACUUUUCAGCUGUUUUAUUUACAUUCACAUAAUUAGAUCAUGUGCUUGUCCAUUCAUAGAACUGAUUUAAUAUGCAGGUGUGAGCAAGCAGCACCUCGUUGUGAGCUCUGUUGGGUUGGCUGUCAAACAUGCCGCCACAGAAUUGUCCUUCUCUUAUAACUACCCUUCAAAAUAUUUGGUUGCUAUUCUUAGCACAAGGUGGCCAAAAAGCACAGCUUUCUGAGCGGUUCAUACAUAGUGGUGGCUUUAGUGUGUGCGUGCAGCAGUUUGCAUUUAAGGUUUUCUUGAUGAGAAGUCGGUGUCACACCGCAUGCAAAAUGUUUGCCGUCACUAUUGAAAUAUCACUUGAGUGCUUCCUGCUGUUCCUACUGAGAUUGAACAAAGGUGGGAGUUUGCAUAAGUCCUACUAUUUCUACAAGGAUUGUGUUCAUCAGAGCAACAAUGUUUUUAUUCUGAACAUAGAUGCAUCUUGAUUUCAAGGCCAGUGUAAUCAAAGUUGUGGACACUGUCACAGAGCAAAUUUCAAACCUGGCAAUUUAGAGGCUGUGUGUGACCACAGUGGGUGGCAUAGCGAAUGCAAAGCCAUAUGCUAUGCAUGCAUAUUAACUGCGUCUGAGAAGCAGAGUAUAAUCUCUAACUGGAAGGAUUGCAGUAUUAAGUAUUGUAUAUACUACUUGUUGGUGUACUUGGAAGUAUACUUGCUCCGUAAGUAUCAAGAGAAUAGAUGGUCUCAGCUGCUCCAUUUAUGCAAACACAAGAGGUGUGUGCCUUUUAGGGUCUGCAUAGUAGUAGGUCAGGGGAAUGAGGCAAAGAUAAGGGGCCAAAGUUUAAAAGUGAUGGGGCAAGUUUUAUAUGCAUAAAGGGAAAGGAAGCCAGCUCCGAUGCAGAACGUUGUUUAAAGCUCAGUGCUUCACACAGCCGUCUUGUGUCAUUCUACAGAGCCAAGCCUUAUGAGAGAGCCGAACACACUUCUGUUAACUUGGCAAAAACUUGGAAACCAUUUUGUUAAAUGUUUAGUGCAGCAGCUGUUUCUAUGCUCUCUCCUCCAUUUCAUUAGUUAUGCUGUGCCAGGUUCUGUAUAUGUGUCAUGUAAUGGAAUAUACUUCGUUUACAUGUGUUAGUGACUCAUGGCGAUUGACAGAUUGUGGCACCUGUGAUUGAUCUUGAGGCUGUUGCGGUUUAUCCUUGUCCAUGUCAAACACGUGUUUAUAUGAUGUAGCUUUGCACAUCAUGCUAGGGUUGUGCCAUGUGACGUUGCAUAAUCCUAGAAAUAAAUUUAAACCAAGGUUAACACUGCGUCAUUCAAAGACUUGUCUACUUUGCAAGCAAGUAGUCUAUAUUUUAAGUAUCCUCCAAUUGCCACCUCAUGGUUGCCAGUUCAGCUAGUACAACGGGGUCUGUGUUAAUUUUUUUUAUUAUUGGCACUGAUAUUUAAGGUUCCUUCUCUUAAAAUAGACUCUUGGUACCAAUGGAAGCACUCUUGGGCUUAAAAGAACAAUCAUCUUGUUCAACAUUGCAUUGCAGCCUCUUGUAAUAAUUGAAUUUUUUGGGAAAAAGGAUGAAUAUAAUCAUUAAUUUUUCUUUAAUUAUAUAAAUGCUGCAGCAAUUUAAUUCUACUUUUGCAUAAUAAUUGCCUCUAUGUGCUGGUCACAUUUCUGGCCUGUCAACAAUGUAGCUGCUGGGCAUCAUGUGUUGCUUGCAUUUCCAAUGCACUGGUCAGCUUGUCCUUUGUCUUGUCCCUGACCCAGUUGCAGUGACAACAUUUUGAACAAGUAAAAUGUAAUAUGUGAAGAUGUUACAGAUGUCUUUAUGAGAGUGUUGUGGUAUGCUGGGAGUGGCAUGUUGAGACACUCGUAGUGUAAGCAGUGGCACACUCAUUCGUAGUGACAGUUUUAAGAGCAUUGUGAAUGGCGUCAUGUGAUGAAGCAGAAGUUGUACAUUUAAAUUACCACUGCACCAUGUGAAAAGAAGCGGUAGACAAAUAUUGGACAUCCAAACAAAGUGAAAACAGUUUACAUGGAUGAUGUUGCUAUUGUUGGCAGUAUAGGAUUCACCAGCAACUGCUGAAGGGAUUUCAUUCCUUGUGAAAAUAGUUUUUGUCAUUGUUGGCAUUUAUAGAAAAUGCAACAGGUGUACUGCUUUAUGAAGUGUAAGGAUUUAAAAUUACAAGUGCAGUUAUAGCUGUGAUGGUUCGACGACUGUAUGCAUUGGCAUUCAAAGGCAGCAAAGGUCAGAAAUCUGUGGGGUGUGCCAGAAAAGGGCUGCAAUUGUGUGCUGAGAUAAAGUUCACUUGUUAUCACUUGGCAUACAAGCGCACAUUUGAAUAUUUCUAUAUUUGGUAGAGCAUGCAGUGUGGCAUUAUAUUGCCAUUUGGUUGCCAGCUUGUGGAUAAAAUUAUGUAGAAUUAAAAAGGAAACAAUUUUAAUUUUACUGGCCUCUCUUGGAAAAUGUUAUUGAACAAUAACAAUUCAUGGGGCUAACAGUGCAGUCUUCUGCCUUGGAUAAAAUAGCAACUUAGCAACUCAACUGUGUGAUGAGAGGUUGUAAUUGUAAGUUCUUCUUAAUGCAUAUCACAUCAAUCUUCACUUUGUUACUGUGCCAUGCAGCUGAAUGUAUGGUAAUGUGUGAAAAGACGGUCCCAGAGUACAAUACACAUUAAGAAGGAAUCUUUGACGACAGAAAGAAGUAAGAGUUGAGAGAUGCAACAUGCAGUUACACAGACCAAAACUUCAGGAAAGUGAUGCAAGCCUGUGUAAAAUAAUUCAAAACUAAUCUUUUAAUUGCAGUGUUCUGAAAGACAUGGCUAACAAAAAUGUGGCACUUGAGCAUCCAGUGAUUUGGCAGAGGUCUUAAAUAUUGACUAUGUUGUGCAUUGCCUACAACAUUGUAUUCACGUUGGGUCACUAAAUGUGCAUUCUGACAUUUUAAACACAAGUGCUGUGUAGUAGUAAUUAUUAUAAAUUGGUAGUGACCACUGUGAUUGCUUGUACAAUGAAAGCAGGGCUGUGAGCAUGCAAGUCUGUAAUGGUUACAGAGGUAACAUUCCACAGUAUUUUUAUCUACGUUGCUUGUGUGCGCUCGUGUGUAAGAAUGCUUCCACUGCGAGCCUGCAAAUGUUUGUGCAGAGACGACAAAGCAGACUCAAUGGACAGAUAUAUGUACAUUAUCACUCCCUGGUGACAUUGCUGUAUAUUUCGCUUGUGUUUCUUUCCUCUGUGCUUGUCACUGAUGUGAAAUGGAACCGAUAAAGACAAAUAUAUAUAUUAUAGAGACUUUUA